CACGUUUGAAUGCGUGGGUGGGUGUGGACUCUUGCAGACAGAACAGAGCCAACUACACGACCACUCCUCACGCACUGAUGCAUACCUUGUAUGCAAUUGCUACGAAUGAUUCUCGCUGGUAUGGUUUGCAAGGUGAAGGUUUACAUGUAGAUGCCACAAACCUUUUGCAAUUCCAACCGAAGAUUUUUGGGUGAACCGCAAGAUGAUCGGAUGAAGGCUUUCAGUUGUCCAGGCCGGGCCAGGUGACCAAUGACGAUGAUAGAUCGGGUUCGAUUCAAGCUAUACGCUUGGUGUAUUUGGUUAUCGUGACUGGCGACUGAGUCUAACUCACGUCAACAGCGCGGUGGCUGGGUCCCAGGCAUGCUUGCCACUUUGUUCCACGGUCCUCAUCUAUGUUUCGACACUGAUGACAUGGACUUAGGUUCAAGGUACGUGUUCCCCUUGAGUCAUUGUGGUUGAUUAAUAGGGGGGCAAUUAUUUGCGUGUUGCUAGUCGUUCACAAUAUCACCCGUUGUAGAGUGUUGAUGGGACCCUACUUUUAUAGUAGUGUAUAGACGUAUGAAUGUUAACAGUUAGUACGCGCAAUAGCCGGCCGGCUGCCCCCUACCUGAUCUUGAGGGUGAUGGAACGACUGGGGUCGGAGGCCUGUUGUUAGCCUGCGGAAUUUCGUCGGACGAAAUGUCUGGUGUGUCCGUGUGGAACUUGUGCUAAACCAGUUUAGUACUAAUGACGAAGACAUUGGGCUCUUUGGAUAACAACAUGGUUCUUGACCUCCUUGGGCUUCACAAAGCUUAUACAUAAACCCCCUGAAAUUGACAAGACGGCGAAGAAGAAGGAGAGCCGGCCUUCAGCUUGUCAGCCUCCAGCGCGUCAGCCAAGGAGCCACUGGACCCCAAGAAUAUAGUGUUGCAGCUAAUGUUGGAGCCAUACAUGAUGAUCGAGACCAUGACCAUUAUCGUGAUGACUGUUAUGAAAGAGACCACUACUGUGACCGAGAUCGAUACUAUGACUGUAGCAGGGAUCGGGACUUCGAUCAAUACAGAGAUCGCGACCGCGACUGCCACCGUGACCGGCAUGAUCGCAAAAGAAGCCGCUACAGUGAGUCACCUGAUCAGGGAGAUGAUCGCCGAGCAGGAGGCAGUCGUGAUAAACGACGGGCGAGCGAGCAUGAGCCAUGACGAGGAGAGGGUCCGGAGCCCAGGGCCACGAGGACAAGGGACAAGAGGACAAGGGACACGAGGAUACGGGAUACAAGGACAAGGGACACGAGGAUACGGGACACAAGGACAAGGGAUGCAGGGACAAGGGACACGAGGAUACAAGGACAAGGGACACAAAAGACAAUGUUGCAGCCUCGAGGUGUGGCACACUGGUAGAGAAUGAGAGAUUUCAUCAUCACCAAGGCCAGUCUGACUGAGUGAUGUUGCAGAGAUGAAAGUCAUUCACUCUCUGAGCGAGGUUGAAAGGAGGUUGCAGGCAUUGGUAACUGUACUCUAGCCCUCUGCAGAUUGAGAUGAUGGCUGUCGAGACGACCCAACCACUCAACCUAGAUCUACAAUUCGUACUAUUGUAGAUGCGACUCUCAAAGAUUUUGGAUGACAAAGGAAUCCAACGCAUAUACGGUCAAUAUAAAACAGUCGCUCAUAGAUAUGGGCAGACGUCUAAGAGUCGAGUGGAUUCAGUGGAUCGAACGGUUGCGCUGAGGGAUAUCCAUGUACAGGAGUGACAAACCACAGUUCAGCAAACAAUGCCUUGACACUGACCAAUUCAAGGAGAACCUUCGCUAAGAUCAGGAAGGGAACGUGUUUGCUGUGUGGAUGGAUCGGACACUUAAAUGUCCGUCAUUCUAAUAGACUAUAAUGACAAUGUUCUAAUAGACUAUAACGACAAUGAUCUAAUAGACCAUAAUGACAAUCCAACUCCGAAAGGGACUCUCUGGACUUAGGGAAAGCUACGGACAUAGAGCCCUGACAUGAUAUCCUGCAGCCACCAUGAGGACAGCCUAUCUCAUACACUUGGAAGGAUGCCAUCACACGCAUGAUGAGCCAUCCCCACAGAAGGGAGAAGGAUGUUGUUGAGCCAGCACAUCCCAACCAUGCUCCCAUCGCCGUCAUGUAACAGUAUGACAGUUAGAUUGUAUAUUGUCGCCGUAGGCCCUAUCAUUUUAUCAAGAUAUCUGAUUGAAAGGUGAUUUAAUGAAAAUUCAAAUUUAUUAAUCUAUGCUUGGUUAUGCAUUGGUUCAAAAUCUUACACUUAUCAAAAAAAGGAAUUGAAAUUAUCAUUAUGGGGAAAUUAGAUUGUUUCUGGUCAACAAGGGAGCCAAUAAGGCAUGCCAGAACCCCAAAAAUAUAAUUUUCAAGCAAAAUUUUGUGCUUUAGAUAAGAAGGAAAAACAGUGGGUGGUUUGUUAGUGGCUACCAGAGGAGCCAACAGUCACCUUGGGCAUAUCAGGAGCCUGAAAUUCUUUUCAGGCAAAACCUAUUUUCUGCUUAAAAAAUCACCGAAUUCAUCAGAUAUUUAUUUGAUUAUAUCCAUCACUUUAGACAUGGGGUCCAUGUGUUGUUGUUUCGCUGACCCCACGAAGCAAGAACACAUGUGUCUGGUGGAACCGUAGGCCUUUCAUAUUGUUUCUCGAUCUCAUCAGUACCACAGAAUCAACUGACAUGGCCCGGGCGCUGAUGCCCUGGACCCUAUAUCACACUGGCUGGAUCAGUUGCUCUGUACAUGUACCUUCAUGCUGGAGGCAACUGACCAACAGUGAUAUGUUGAAUUUGAAUUUCCUCCUUCAUAAUUUCCUACCCGGGCAAUACCCGGAACCAAAAAAUCUUGAACUAAAACAGUUAGUUAAACUCUUAUUGUUUUAUUGAAAUUGAAACUUGCCAGAAUAUCAGAAGUUUGAAUUUUUGAUAUUCUUAUGAAAAGUUUUGAAAUUUUGACAAGCAAGACUGAUCCUACCCUUGUGGUCACACUGGAACGAAGUUCAGUCUUUUUCAUUUUUAUUCAAAAGACCUUUCAUUGUAAUGGUAUUGUCAUGUUCUGCAGGUUAGAAAAGUAUCUUCUAAACCUGUCAUGACAAUUUUGAUUGGACUUGAUACUGAAUUGAUCGAGAAAAGUGUAAUUUAAAAACGUCAACUUUAAGACGUUUUUAAUUUUUUGGUCCUAUAUAUAUGUAUUUGUGAGUAAAUCUAGCAUGUAAACUAAAUAUUUUGUAAAAAUGUCUAAAUGAGAUCUAGACUCCAUGACUUGGCAAAAAAUAUGGAAAACCCAACUUUUAAUCUUUGCCAUGUCGAGGUCGCCUCUUUUGUCAUGCAAAUAACAUGUCUGAACUUCUCCUUUUGUCAUGCUAAUUGGCAGCCACCUCUGUCCAGUGGCCUUGACAAAUGUGGUUCUUUUGUUAUUCAAAUUGGGUCCUGGAAAUCAACAGCACUGACCAAAUCUAUUGUCAGCUUACAUGGCUCAGCUGAGGGCUGAACAAUUGGUUUUAAUACAAUAGCUAUUCAUGUAUAAUAAACAAGAUGAAUGCAUAAAGUUGUGGUGGAGUCUAUUGCGUUUGAUCUCAAUUUAGCAUUGUGUUGCAAGGACACCACCUAUCAGUGUUUCUUUGUGAAAUCUUGUGAAGAAGUUGACCACGUCUUAAAGGGAUAGUGCUACUGUCCUAUCUCCUGGUCCUCUUCUUGUAUUGGGCUUUCGGAGUGGUGCAGCAAAAAAAUAAUGGACUUUGAUCAUUUUAUAUUGUACAAUGUAUGAAGUCAUUUUAAACAUAAGCGCUGCGCCUGUCACCUGUGUGAUGGAGAUGGCGACUCCCUCCGAUUGCGUAGGUUUUCUCCCGGUACGCGGGUUUCCUCCUACACCACUGUACAUUCCAAUUCGUCAUGCGUCUUCCUUGGAAUGUACAACAAUAAAGUUUUUUUUGAAA